ACUUUUCUUAUUUUGUGAAGGAAGAGUCUUAUCUUGCCCAUCAUUUUUACGCAUCCAUUUGGCUCCCUAGGCCCUCUAGGCCAUCUCUGCAAUGCCAAGACUAAACAAGAUGCAAGGCAGCAGUUUUUUCAUAGUAAUCUUGGUGGUUUCACCCGCCCUCUCCAUGAACACAGUAAGUAUUUUAGACAUUGACGACAACAAGAAUAACACUGAUGAUCCAUUAAGUGAUGAUAUUCAUAAGCCGCCAAACACUGGAAGAAGUAGUACCCUGGGAAGAGACAUUCUGUGGAAAUCUCCAGUUCCCUACACGAUGAAUGAAAACAUUGACCUAAACGCCAAAGGAAUCAUCUUGAGAGCUUUUGACCAGUUCAGGGUGAAGUCAUGCAUCGACUUUAAACCAAGGGACACUGAGGAGUAUUACCUUUCAUUCCAAGGCGGAUUUGGGUGUUGGUCAUAUAUUGGCCAGUUACUUGCAAAUGGACAGGAUAUCUCUGUUGGUUGGUUCUGUGAUCACAUUGGCAUUGUGGAGCAUUUGAUUUUCCAUUCUCUCGGCUUCUACCAUGAAGAGAUGAGACAUGACAGAGAUGACUAUGUGAAGAUUGAUUUUGACAACGUCAUAGCAGGUCAAAAACUUUAUUUCACCAAGGUCAGUAGUUAUUUGAGCACCACCCAUGAUGUGCCAUAUGACUACAUGUCAGUGAUGCACUCAUGGAAAUAUGUUAGGAGCAAUGGAAACGGCGCUACAAUCAUCACCAAAGACCCCAAAUUCCAAAAUGUGAUUGGUCAAAGAAUGGAAAUGAGUCCCAGUGAUGCUCAAGAGUUGAACCUUCUCUACAAAUGCAAUUCCACUGCUGCCUUUAUGUUUUACUGUGACUUUUCUGAUGGGACCAUGUGCCAUAUGAGAAAGACAAACAGGUGUACCCAUAGUGACAAUGAUUGGGUAGUAGUUUCACAAGUUAACCGGGGUCCAAGCUCUGACCAUACCACCCUACCUGCAGGAAAUAGAGAUUAUGGUCAAGAAACAGGAUACUUCAUCCAUGCCAGCACCGCAUCAGGUCAAGAAGGAGAUUCAUCAAGGCUUGAAACCCAAAUAUUCACACCUAAAAGGGAUUGUAAAAUCCAGUGUCUGCAGUUCUAUUAUUUUCAUACCGGAAAUCAAUCAGAUGAACUAAACAUCUGGAUCAGAGAGUUUCAGGAUGAGCAGGACACCAUGGGAACUGUCUACCACAUGGGACAGAUCAUUGGUCGACAAACAAAUCACUGGCAGCUGCACUAUGUUCCUUUGAAUGCCACCAAAAACUUUCGAGUUGUGUUUGAGGUCCGAAAAGGUGCAGGGAACUCUACAGGUGGCUUCUCAAUUGAUGACAUCAAUCUCUCUGAGACCGAGUGUCCACAUGCAACUUUGCAGAUUGAUGACUUUGAGACACUUUUAACCACUAGUGCCCUCAGAACUAUAAUCUAUAGUCCACGGCAAUACUCCAAGGAUGGCUACGCUUUCCGAAUAGCUGCUUUUCUCUAUCAGAAAUUUGUUGGAACAUAUGUAGAGCUUUUGUCUGGUGACUAUGAUAACCAACUGGAAUGGCCUUGCCUGCAAAGGCAAAUGACUUUCCGACUGCUGGAUCAAACUCCUAACAUGCAAAACGAAAUGUCACAGCAAUUCAGUUUUGUCUCUCACCCAAACCACAUGUCUGAGGACUUUUUUAUUUGAACAGGUAUCCAUUGGUUUGACAACCCCCGUGAAAAUGGAAGCAUAGUUUUUUCUGAGAAUGGUGAAUCAGUCUAUGGGGGAAUCCUGGUUGGGUACAAAUAUUUUGCAACUUUGGAGGAACUGCAAACCAAAGAGUUCCUGAAGGGAGGGAGUGUUAUUUUCACUUUUAGCUUUGAAGAUCUCACUCCUCUUGUCAAUGGGAGCUCCUUGCCAUGUCGUCAAGGGAAACCUCCAAAAAUUACACAUCGUUCCACAAACUGGGAUGAAGGCCCAUGUUUUUUUACAGGUAUUUCUGGAUUUUCUCCUGGUUUUGAUGCCUCUCCCAUCCUCAUCCUCCUGCUGAUAGUGAUGCUUAUGCUGUGAUGAUAUACCGUGGACCUUUGAUUCGAAAAUUCUGCUUUUAGAACAAGAGUUUCUAUGCUUCUAUGUAUUGUUUGUUUAAAAAUAAGAGUAAAAGCAAUGGUGGUGGGUGGAGUUUUCUCCAGGGGGGGGCUAUGACUUCGAAAUAAGCGUAUACCAAAAACCAAUCAAAUGUAUACAAAGGCAUCUCCUACGAUGAAAAAACAACAUUAUAACAUUUUCUGAAAAGUGCUUUAAAUCACUCAUGCUUGUCUUUAUACAUGCUGGGAUUCUGACAUUUGAAAAAGGAGGCAGGGAAAAUAGAAUAAAGCGUUAGCCUCACUGCAUACAUUUAGCCAAGCCUUGUUGCCAAAUAAUUCUUUAAGUCUAUGGGCAAAGAUUUUUGCUCCUCAAGGCAGAAAUACGUCACCAAUCCGACAAUGAACGAAACAGCUUUACUCAUCAUUAAACAGAAAAUA